CUUGCAACAAAUACCGCGGUGGGGUUUUUUUUUCCUCUGACCUUCUCCGAGUUUUUUUGUCAUCAUUCACUUCACAAGUCUUAUUAAUAGCUCCACUCCACCCAGUUUCCUCCAGUACAUACUUUAGUCGACCCCACGAAUCGCCUUUUUCCUCCCAUCACUAUUCCCCUCCAACCCCAACCACAACAAAUCCAAGCCCCCGCGUCCGGAUAAGAAGUCCAGACCUUGGAGAUAUGGACAUCUCGAGUACCCCAGCUAGCACAUUUGUGAGACGAUACAGCCUGCCUUAUACUGCGGCCCAAGACGAGCGACUGGUGCUCUGUUGGAUCGAGGUUUCUAAGCUCUUUCGAUCUAAACCUGGGCCCAACAAUCAGGACGAUUUCUGGGCUACUCUUACUGUUGUCUACAGUCAUGCCAACAUGCUCAGCGGCGGCAAAGACACAAUCAGUCUUCGGACCAGAUGGGAAAAGAUCGAGCAAGACACGCUGAAAUUUUCGCGAUAUUACUACGAGUUGAAGCGACAAGAGGGGGCUGAAACGGAGAAGAGUGUGAUGAAAUCAGCGGCGGCGAGGUUUGUUGAGCUCGACGAGCGUCCAUUCGAGUUCGAGUUCUUGUGGUCAUUCCAUCUGCGAUAUCAACCGAAGUGGAUGGAAGGAGGGAAGGCAGCCGAGGGCCAGAGCGAUGCAGAUGCUGCCGCUGUAGCAGAUGUCCCUGCCACCUCAGGACUGGAGUCGGCCAUCGAUUCCCGACACUCUUCGACGACUGUCUUAUCGCAACAAGACGCGCCGCAUCAUCAAGGCGCCCAUGCUUCUAGUGGAGCAUCCAAUCUUGGAAACAUCGCCGGAGUUCCCUCGAGCGGGAGCCCGUUGACGAGCAGAAAAGAGGCCCCGGCAACCAGCCCGGUCCGAGCUGUGAUGACGGAGAGUCAGAGGAACAAGAAGAUGAAGAAGAUGCCGCCGCCGCCGACGACGAUGUCUAAUGAAGAAAGAAUGCUCGACGCGAUGGCCGGCUGGAACGAGCAAGUUGCCUCGAACAAUGCGCUCGAUCUGACGAGUGCCGAGCAAGAGCGCGAAAGGAUCCGGAUCGAUGCCCGUCGAUUGCGGCUCGAGCAGGACUCCUUCGACCGCUCCAUCAUCGACAAAGAUCUCGCCCUUCUUCCCGACGAGCUUGCCCGUCAAUUCUAUCGGCUCAAAAAGAAAGCCAUCCUCGAAAAACUCAGUCUCGCUCAUACUCCUCAGCCAGCGCCUUCUUCUGCUGCCGUUCCAUCCCCCCCCCACCCGCUGUUGCUAGCUCAUCCCUUAUCAGUCUUUUUUGAUCGCUCGACAGGGGGCUCUCCUUUUUCCUUUUGCUGAGCUUGGACAUGGAUUGGGACUUGAAAAGACCAGACGAAGCGCCGCUGUUUUGCCUUCUGAUUUUUAACUGGUCCUCGCA